AUGGAAGACGCAACACAAAACCAACAACCGACUCCUCUUCUGUCCAUAAAUUCUACUUUGCAUACUCAUCAAUUCCCGCUUCUCGUUCAAGCACAACCGACUCAUCAACCAUCCACUGUUUCACUUUCUUCUCAAACAAAGUAUGCAGCAGCCUUACCAACCGUUUAUCCGCAAAGAACGUCUCUUACGCCAACUCUGAAUCAGAUCAGUCAGGUCGGAUUAAAUAUCCCUCAAACGCAGUACGUAGCGACCGGAUUUGGAAAUGAUAUUACUACUCAAAUCGCCGUCAAGCCAAAGAGAAAGCAGGUUAAAAAUGCUUGUGUCAAUUGCCAGAAAGCAUGCAAGAAAUGCGACGAAGGUCGUCCAUGUCAAAGGUGUAUCAAAUUCGAUUUGACCCUGACAUGUAAAGAUUCUAUUCGUAAAGAACGUAAGAAAGGCGUUAAACGUGGGCCGUAUCGUAGACGAAGUGCCGAGGAAACUGCUUCAAACACGAACUCUCGUUCAAAUGAAGUUCCUCAACCUCAAUUCAUUACUCCUCCAGGAUAUGUUCCGGUACCAGUCUCUAUGAUGAGCGGAACUGGUGAUAAUAAUAUUAACCCGGUAUUCUAUUUGCCGCAAGGACAAUCACUUCCCCAGGGUAUUACUACUCCUAUUAUGCUCCUUCCUCAAUCUUUCAUACAAGCUCAACAGCAGCAACAGAUAUCGCAACACGCGCAACAACAGCAGAUAUUACAGCCACAACAACUGCAGCCACAGCUUUUAAAUCAUUCUCUCUUUGGCAAACAAUCACAAGUCACAGCUCCAUUAUUUCUCGUUAACAACACAACAAAUCCACUACAUCUCACUUCUCACCCAUUAUCUGCUUCGUCCUCUUAUCUUUAUCAACCGCUUACAACGCGUCUGACAUAUCCUGCACAAGACCAAUCGCCCAAUUCUCAUCAACAGACAAGUGUGAGCGCUACUCGGAAAUUGUCAACUGAUAAUGAACUUGUUUAUAACAUCAGCAAUGAUGGUAGCAAGACUAACGUAGACGGUGUUAUUGGCAGUGGUAAUAAUAAUAAUAAGGGAUUGGAUUUGAACUAUUUAUCCCAAGUUUGUAGUGAUUUGAUCAGUCAUGGAAACGUAGACAAGGAGGAAACACGCAAAAGCGAGGAAAAUGAGAAUGAAACAAGGGAACGCGUGGGAAAAGUCGGUACCAGAGAAGAGGAACUUGGUACAGAGGAAAUGGAUACAGGAACCGUUAAUUUCGAACAUGAGGGAGGUUGCCAACGCUAUAUGAAAAAGGAAGUUGUAGUUGACGAGAGCAGUAGUGAUGAGUGCGGCUAUUACAAUACCAACAGCAGCUACAAUGUCAGUACUACCACCAAUGACAAGAUAAUCGCGUCAGAAAGUAUGCCUUUAUCGUCCUCGAUUAUAGAACCUACUCAUUCCAUGGCCAAGCGUCAAGAUAAAGAGGCUCAGUCCACAUCCAACACUGCCAGUACCAAUCCGUCUAGUUUCCAACAAUUCCCUCAGUUCGCAAAUACCCAAUCUAGCUUACAAAAUCAACAACUCCAGCUUCUGCGUCAGAACAUUAUACCCACAACGUCCGCCAACAUUCAGACUCACAUGCCUUCGCUGACGACAGUCUCACAACAGUUUGUUGCCGAGCGAUAUACUGAUAACCUACUAUUUGGGCAAUCUUCUCAAAUGGGAAGAUCCGGGUUUGUUACUGCCCAUGGUCAAUACGUUCAACAGUUACGCUCAACCCCUACACAAACACCAAUUUAUCUUCACCAUCCGUCAGCUGCUUCUACCACGACUUCUAAUUUAUACCCGCAGUCUUGUACAAAUCUAUCUUACGCUCAAUCUGUCAAUUAUCAGCAAACUAAACAUCCCGACCCAACAAUCGAUCCAGUGUUAUAUGAAACUCAUCCCAAUAUGCGCUUGGAUCACGUUAACACCCAAACGCAGUCCAAUCCGCCAACACGGUCUGAUGACCAAUUUUCUACUAUUCAAACCAUCAACCCACAUUCGGUUGUUCAAACGCAACCAACUCGAAUGCAAUAUCCAACCCAAUUGCAUUGUCGCACGGCAAAUCAGAACGUGUAUGGAGAUGCAGAAAUGGACACCAGUAGUAGCGAUCAUGAAAAGCCCACCGAAAAAGACAUUAAAACCGAUAUGGAUGUUAAUGUUGAAGAUACGCUCGUUAACAAAGACGAUUCGGGAAUGGUAAAUGAACAAACCGAACUGAUGCCUAAUAAGAGAAGUGGAAAGAAGGUUGGUAAUAGUAUAUAA